AAUGUCAAGAUCAGGCACAAGGUCCAGCUCUCGAUUUCGACAAACCAUACAAUUCGAGCUCUAAUUCUUAACGCCGACCUCACGAAAUACAAAAUCAAGCUCAACAACAGUCAAACAUGGCUGUUGUAUGGACAAAAACAGCAUCUGCAGCUCUACCGAGUAUUUCGGGCUGAUCCGAAUAGUCGUACUACCCGACCCGAAAUCCGAAUCCGUUCUGGAUUUGUACAGCUCCAGGUACCCCAAUCGACUACAGAUGAUAGAAUGAAGGUCGGAGAUUUGCUAAUCCUAGCCCACGCCCUCCAUGGCCGCAUCCUCUCCGAAGAAAAUGUCAAAACCUAA